CGCGGAUGCACAAAGCCAAAAAAGACCCGGAGGAGCAAGGUCGUCUUUGUUUGGUGGAAGAUUUGGGAUACCUGUACCAAAUUCCUCCAUUAUUUUGUGAAAUCACUCACAAAUCGUUGAACGAUCUCAAUCGGAAUUAUGGUCGUGAUGGAUAGAAAUGGGAAUUCGGACUCCAAUCAUCGGCAGAAUGGUGCGAGUUCGGCUGGCGGUAGUUCGAAUAACAGCAACCCCUCGGACGAUAGUUCAAGCAGUUCGGAGGAUGAACAUGAGCCAGGAAUGCGAGUUGGUGCUGAUUACCAGGCAGAGAUACCUGAAAUGAUUACCGAUGUUCCAGCAGUUCGUCGUGGAGACAGCAGACAGGAGGCAUUGUUGGUCUGGUUGCCUAAUGGAGACAUCUCUGAUGCUAAGUUGGAUGAGUAUAUCUUGUUAGCUAAGGAGCGCUAUGGCUACAACACGGAGCAGGCAUUGGGCAUGCUAUUUUGGCACAAGCAUAACGUAGACAAGUCCUUGGCCGACCUGCCCAACUUCACACCCUUCCCCGAUGAGUGGUCCGUGGAGGACAAGGUGCUGUUUGAGCAGGCCUUUAGCUUCCAUGGGAAAAGUUUUCACCGGAUCAGGCAGAUGCUGCCAGAUAAGUCAAUCAGCUGUCUUGUGAAAUACUACUACCAGUGGAAAAAGACUCGAACCAGUACAAGUCUAAUGGACAGGCAAGCGAGGAAGCUGGCUGGUGGCCAGAAAGAAAAUGAGAGAUACGAAGGAGGAUAUCCCAGUGAGAUAAAAAGUGAGGUCUCGGAUGCUGAAGAGAAAACAGAUGAGAAAAUGGACGAAACCUUUGAUCCAGAGAAAGAAUCCAAGACUCCACAGACUGAAGCAUCAACCAAAAGCAUCUGCUCCAACUGUGCUAGCACUGUCAGCCAGCUACACACCACACCAAAAGGCUUACUCUGCAAUGCUUGCUACAGCUUUUGGAGGCGGACUGGUGUUAUGCGCACCCAUGUCGGCCCCGUACGUAACGAGACCACUAGUCACCGCCAUCACCCCUUCAGGACCAAGAAGAAGCCCCCCAAGGGGAUGUAUUUGGACCAUGAUGACUUGAUGGCUAUGACCACCAACCAGGGAGAUUCCAUCUUUAAGGCCCUGGAUGCUGAAAUAAUCAACCUGAAGAGACAGAUCCAGCUGAACAAGCAGUUCCUUGGACAGCAAAGGAGCAAGCUAUUUGAUCUAAAUGAUUACCGACUGACGGAUGCAGCACCUCGAAACAAUUCCCGCUGGACCAGCGAAGAACAGCUUAUUGCUGUACAAGCAAUCAGAAAGUAUGGUCGUGAUUACCAAGCCAUAGCCGACGUUGUUGGCAACAAGAAUGCAGCACAGUGUCGCAGCUUCAUGGUGAACUUUCGCCGCCGUUUUGACCUGGACAAGGUCUUGGAGGAGUGGGAAGCAGACAACAGUGCACAGCUCAAAGAACUGAAAAGUAAAGAAGAAGCAGAGCAACAGACAGAUAGUGCACCAUCAGUCACAACAUCAACCACACAGACGGUAGGAAGCUCGAAUAACGCGCCCCCUCCACUACUGCGACCAGCGGGCCAGUCACCAUCAAUCAGACCCCCACCGCUUCAGGCUCAACAAAGGUUUGUUUCCCCUCGAGUCUCUCUUCAACAGCCUCCGCCCCUGAUUCGGCCCAGCGUUGCCCCUCCCUCUGGCCCCUUAGCCCGAAGCAGACCCCCAAUGAUGGGACCCCUGUCUGGACCCCCACCUCAGCUGGUUGGGAGCCAAGCCGAGUCCACUUCCCAGUGAGGAGCUUUCUUGAGGAGAACACUGCCGUCGGCCAAGUCAGAUGUUUCCACUCAAGGAUCAGAAGCUUACCUUAAAAACGUCUCCAACAAAAAGCUUAUUUCUGGAUAUCUUGCUGGCUAGCAUUUCUGCAUGAGGAUAACCAAAUUUACAGAUCCCUCCCGAAGAGAAAGGGUCACGUGCUGGAAGCUGUUUACUGUGGAUCAACAACAGGAAUUACCGGAGUGGUGGGAGACAUGUGGGGAGAUGUUUUCUACAUGUAUCUUUAAAUUCUUUUCAAGCGGUUGUAGACUUUUUAGACAUGCAGGGCUGGGAAUUGGGCAAACAAAUUUUGUCUUUUUCCAAAAAGGCAAGGCAUUGCCACUACACUUCCGUUGGAUUAUAAUUUACAAUCUUUGUACAUUUCCUUUGCGAGAAAACAGAUGUAAUGACAGGUUGACAGUGUUUUGUCUCUACAGGCCUUCCUGGUUUCCAGUAUUUGUUUUUUCUGUUGACAUUCUGAGAUGCUUGUCCACAGCAAUGCAAUCUUCUGAAUUUAGGAGGCACAUUUUCCCGUCGGACUUAACUGUUGGAGAUGUUGAACUAAACUUGGGAUAGAGCUCUGGCCUUUCUAAAGCUCUUUUUUUGGAAGGAUUGAUGUGUUGCAUCCUCUAUCUUUGCAUUGGUAGUGUCCACAUCAGGAGUUUACCCUGAAAAAAAACUAAAAAGCACUAGGAACAAUUCACAGAUUGCAUUGGGGGCUUUGGGUGGUUUGGAUUUCUUUUUUGGGGGGAGGGGGAAGGGAAUAAAGUGAGUGAAUGAAUUGUUUUCACUCAUCAAAAAUUGGGACUUGUGGAUUCAAAAAUAGGCUUGUGGCUUGAAAUGUAUAGUAGCAUGCAGCUUUAGUUCAGAUAGACUUCAAAACAAUGAUGUCAGGCUUUGUUUACCUGUGUGCUCUCCGAUGGGGGCUUGAUGGAUUGCAUCCCACCUCACUGCCAUAGGAAAACACACGUGUAAACAAAGCAUGAUGUUGUUAUAUCACAGGUCUAUUGAUUCAGAAGCUGUGAUUAUUUUGUAUAGCUAUCAAACUAUUCCAGAGAGAUUCACUGAAAAGAAAGUCAAUUUCAUGAGAUGCUGCCUUUUUAAGAAAAAUUGCAGAAUAAUUUCCAUGGCAAACUAGAAGCAUAGAAGUCUGAAUACAUACACACGCACACUUACCUUGCAAACCUAGAGUGGACAUUCCUCUCUUUUCGUGCAGUUAAAAACUCAGUGAAAAUACUUGUUUUUCUUGAACUGGGAACACGAUUUUCAGCUGGCUUUUUGUAUAAGGGUUCCUUGACUAUUCCGCUUCCUUUUAUGACGGAUGACCCCAACCCCCAAAUGCCUCUAAACUUCUUGUUCAGAGAAGGGGAAACGUCCUGUGGACAUAUGUAAGUCCACAGAACGUCUUCCUUUCCUGCAUCGUGUGGACAUCUGUUGUUCACAGGUCCACACUAGGUAUGUAAGGUUGGCGCACCCACACGGUAUACAGACAUUAAGCACUCUGUACAAACUUGCUCUGUGUGAGAUAUCUGGUAAUUCAUACUAUUGAAAAAUGAUGUACAUGUACAAUGUAAAUGUCAACAUAUUGCAAUGGUCUUACAGAAUGUGACGUCAUGAUUUGUGAUGCCAAUUAUUAAGGUCUUUUUAAAAAUUUGUUUGGGAAUUUUUUUCUCUUUUUUUUUUUGGCUUUUUUUAAAAACAUCUUUCAGCUGUUAUUUUGCCAGUGACUGGUCCUCUGGAUGUAGCCAAUUUUGAGCCGUGUCAUUUUAAAUAUAAUUUUCUUGACCUCACAAUAUAUGAGUGAAUAGCAAUCUAACAUGAUAGGCAUGAUCUGCCAGAAUCUCGGGGUUGAAUGUUCUCAUUCUAGAAGCUCCAAAGAGUGGCAGUGCUACGCUAAUUCAUAGACCUUGAAACAGGAACCUGUUUCACUGAUAUGCAGUAAAUUAGUAGAUAAAUUAUGUUCACAUCAACUAUAAUUCAAGACUGAGAUAGGCUCAAACUCUCACGUGCAUCAAUAUCUCCAUCAUUUUGUCCUGGUGAUAAGAAUAUUCAGGCUUCUUCUGCUCCAUUCGUGAUUAGCAACUCAUAUCAUACACAUAGGAACUGGCAAUGAAGUCAUCAACCGACAUCUGUUCAGCCUGCCCGAGGACUUUGACUGAGUAGAAGAGGGAGGAUCCUAUUACCGAAAGACCAGGAGGGGGACCCUCUUCUGGUCACUCACAGUCCCUCAGGGAGUACAGACAUGCACUUUCGACCUUACUGCCAGUCCAUGUUUGUAUAACAGUGUUUGGGUUUCCGUAACCAGUCAAAAACUGUAUUUUUUUUAAAGUACAAGUGCAUGAUGGAGGGUUGAGAUUUGUCAGUUUUUUUAUGAUGUAAGCAUUUUUUUGUCAUUUUCCUAAUUUCAGGAUUUUUCAAAUGGUGUCGUUUAAAAUCUGGAAAGUCUUGAAGUUACCAGUAAGAUGUUUUUAUCUGUAAAAGCUCAUAUUAUAUAGAACACAAGAUAUGGUGGGUGGGCCUUCCCUGCUUUAAGGGGAUAAUUUGUUUUUGUUCAGAAAGGCAGGCCAAGUUGUGGGGACAGACUUUGCCCCUGUGAUGUCUACAUAUCCACACAUAUGUAGUCUCUGCAACGCAGUAACAAGUGUGCCACCUCAAAUGGAGGCUGUUGUUUUAGGAAAAAACAAGAGAGCUUUCCUGUGGAGCCCAUAGUUGUGCUUUUUACUGUGACUACAUGCACUUCUUGUCUGUGUGAAAAGGAUCAACAUUACCCAAGCAGAAAAUCAUAUGCUUAGCACUGCCGUGAAAUAAGGUUCAACAGGCUCAAACAUUCACAUGGUAUAGAGGCAUAUUUUGGGCAGUUCCAAUCAUAUUUGUUCAGGUGGAUAAAUGUGCAUUAUUGAUCUAUUUAAUGGACAGAUGUUUCAAAAUCAUCCCUGUAUUAUCACUCUACCUCUGUAUUUUUGUAGUAGCAACUUUGUUGUAGUUCAUUGUAAUUCAUAUGACAAGUCUUUUAGCAGGUCAUGAAAGACGUAUCUUUGCCUCGCACCUGCAAUCAACAGAUGGUUAUUUAUUAGCCAAGAGUUGUGUCAUAGUUUGUAGAGAUAGCAGAACUUUGUUAAGUUUGAGUGUUCUUGGUUUUUUUAUUAAUUAUAAGUUACUUUUUUCUGUUCAGAGUAUAAACAUUCUUAGAGUUGAGAUUAUAAAUAAUCUUUGAAGGGAGUCAGUGAUUUUGAGGGUAGUUCAUGACACCAGAUACAGUCUCAGGCAUAAGGUACAUUUAGGUUGCCAUCUGAAUAACAGAGAUUAAAACGUCCCACAAUUAGCUCAAAAUCCUGGCUAACUGGUACUUCUAUAUGAAACCCUGAUUUAGACAUGUCCGGACAGCUAGCAGCGAUACCAUAUUGAAUAUUAGUGUAGCCAUUUAAUUUUGUUAAGAGUAUAGUUUUUUAUGAAGGAAAUUACGUGGUAAAGCAUAAUGACUGGAAUAAUGGUGUCCAAAAUGUAAACUAAUGCCCUGUCUUGUAGAUAUUGAGCCUAAUUGUACAGACUGCCAAAGAAGUUGAAAUCAAGGCCAGAACUGAGAACCUGGGUGCCAUAUUCCUGAAUCUGAUUAUAUGCCACAUCUUAAUGUACUGACUGUGGCUGGAGAUAACAUGGGUACCUAUGGGAUUGAAGCCAAGACAUUGGCAGCUGGCUAGUGGCUGUUGCUAAUACCCAGAGUUGGAUGCAUUGCACUCGGCUACAGCUAUUUGAUUCAGACAUAGCCACGUAUCAUAGAUCAAUCAGCUCUUGGGAGUCAAAUGACUCCUGCGGUGGCCUAAGCAAUGAAAUACACUUUUCCCCCCAGAUGAUGCUGUGUUAUACCUUCCAGCUCCUCAAAUAGUCAGCUGCCUUGGCGUCCGUCACACCUACUGUCAAAUGUGUUGUUGUAAUAGCUCCAUACACAAAUAUGUGUACUGCGUCACUUUUGUACGUAAACAACAGAAGAGCAGGGCAUACCAUGUGGUUUUCACAUCCGUAGUUACUUAAAGCUAGAAAAGCAAUAAAUGGACCAGAAUAGUUCACCCCAACUCCUUUAUCUAAUGCAGUAUCGACCAGUUGUGUACAUCAGUCAAAAGACAAAUCAGAGCACCUUCUGUCAUUUACACAUUAAGCGUUUAGGAAACCUUUACUAACAUUUUCAACAGGUUGCUGAGAAUCAUGUGACAUUGCAACCAUGGAGGAAGGAAAGAGUCUUUAACAUUGGCAAAUUUGAAUUCUGAAUGUGCAUCUACCACACGAUUUUUGAUAAACUAAUAAAGAAUUCAGUGAAUUUACCUUCUUAGGGUAAGAAACAGUUGCAGUUGACUCCCAAUAGCAGUCACACUGAUAAAACGAUGACAUAAUUUAUCACAAGACUGUUCCCUCCGAUUACCUUGUAGUGUACAUAGCAUUUUGCGGAUAUGCUUUUGAUGUACAUAAUAUUUAUAAUCAGUUUAAUUUACAGCCUGAGUGGCAACGAUCUUAAGACAUUACCAGUUACUUCCAUUUUUAGGUACUAAUUUCCGGGGGUAUUUAGACAUCAGUCUGUGAAGUGUCGAGUAAAAGAUAAAGUCUCCAAACGGAGAGUUAAAAAUGCCCACCAGAAUGUAGUCUUGUAUAAUGUGAAAAGGCUAUGUGUAAAGAUGAUUGGAAAAGUGAACUUAAAGGGGCACACUAGUUGUGGUGAAUACUGGUUGAGACACACAACACAUUGACUGUUUUUUGUCAACAUGACUGAUUCAAAUUUUACCGACUGAAUCAUUAGCUUUUAGGGCUUGAGCAUGGGCUCAUGUUUUAUUAUUUCCCAUUUGUAAUAAUAACAAAUGUAAUAACAGUUUGGAUUAGGGUAGUGAGUGGUCACAGAAAUUUGUACCUUUUCUGACGUAACUUUUCAUGCACUUGUUUUCUUAAUGGAAAUUGUUGCAAAUCUUUCUUCUUAUCACAGUUUAUUGUACAGCACAUUUUGUAAGGUACAACACCAGCAAUCUCUCCUUGUGUUGAUUUGGAAAAACUGCCGUGAUUAUACAGUAAAUCAAGUUAUGUGGAGGAACACUGCAUGCAUAGUUUGAUUAUUUAUUAAAGAAUAGAGUCACAUUGUAAAUUCUUCAGUGUACAGUUCAUUGUUGGGAAGAGGUUACGGUGGUGGCCUUGAACAUUACCAAUUUGCUUCAUCCUGUAACUAAAAAAAGUUUUUAGGGUUGUGCAUAAUUUCCACUAAACUGUUGUCACUGUUUCAUAUUGCUUCAGUGGGAAUAAAAGUAUUAGAUUCUCAACUAUG